AUGACUGAAACCCCCGAGACAAAAGUACCUGGACUUAGCACUCCAGCAUUGACAAAUGGAGAAUUUAUUGAUGCAUCUUCAGAGUUCCUGCCAAAGGAGAAAGAUGCUUCCGACGAGAGACAGACCUCGGCGAUCGAGAUCGCAAGUGAACUCGAAUCCAAUAUAAAACAAAUUCAGAAAAUGCUUGAGCAAAGCGAUAAAGAGGUGAAUGAAAAGGUUGAAAGGAUAUCUGAGAGGAUAGAGCGUCUACGAAGAUUCUGCGAAGAUAGCUCGAAGGAGAAGCUGUCGAGCUAA